AUGAGAGUUACUCCUUUAGUGACACUUGGUAAUGAUCAAAGAAGGAGGCAACUUGGUUGUUGUAAACAUGCUUCAAGGGUUCUCAGGAAGCUGCUAUACAAGCUGAAGAGUAGUUGGAACCAAGCUAUGGGAUGUCAUAGGAACAUUCCACAGUAUAGCUAUGAUCUUCGUAGCUAUUGUCUUAAUUUCAGUGAUGCUCUUACAAUCGAUCAUACACCUUCUUUCGAUUGA